AUGAAAAGCUAUAAUAUUUGUAUUAAGCGUGACUUUUAUUUACCCACUCUAGCUCCUUGCGAGGUCGGGUACUAUUCAGAGGACAGCCAAUCAAAGGAAUGCUUGCCCUGCCCAAACAACACCUACCAGGACAAAUUCGGAUCAACGUCAUGCAAGAAGUGCCCACAGAAAUCUGAAGCGACUGAAAACAGUUCACAUUGUUUCAACGCAGAGGAAGUGGUUCUAAAAAGUUGGAAGUUGAAGGAUGAACAAUUCGGGGAUGAGUUAUACUAUCUUCUUAUGUUGGCUACAUGUUGCUUCAUCAUACUCACAGUUUUUGCCAUGUGGUAG